UAUGACAUGUAACUUACACAUUAAGUCUUCCCGUCGAGUUUAAGCGACCUCCCUCUUCUCUUCUUGUCGUCGACUUUGGGAAUCGCUACCGGGAGGAGGAGAGGAAAGAGACAAUGGGGGUGUUCUCGAACAUGAUCUCUAGGGAGGAGCUGAAGCCCGGAGAUCACAUCUAUUCAUGGAGGACAGCCUACAUAUACGCUCAUCACGGUAUUUAUAUAGGAGAUGAUAUGGUCAUCCAUUUCACAAGAGCAGCAGGCCAGGAGAUUGGUACUGGAACUUUCCUGGACAAUCUUUUCCUUAGCUCCUCUCCAUCACCAACCAACACCAUAUGUGAGAUAUGUGGUGAUCAGAGUAAGCUCCAUGGAGUUAUCAAAUCAUGUCUUAAUUGCUUCCUUGCUGGAGGAAAUCUCUACAUCUUUGAGUACGCUGUUUCUUCUGCCUUCUUCAUCGCCAAAGCUCGAGGAGGAACCUGUACUUUAGCUGCUUCAGAUCCAGCAGAGGAUGUCUUGCACCGGGCCAAGUCUCUUCUCAACGAAGGAUUUGGCGGCUACAGCCUUUUCAAGAAUAACUGUGAGGAUUUCGCUAUCUAUUGCAAGACCGGUUUUCUUAUUGAGACAAAUUACAGCAUAGGCCGAAGCGGCCAACUGGCAUCAUGGACGGCAGCUGCUUCAACAGUCAUGUCUUCCCCGCUUCGCUACCUCACAACCAGUGGGACUGGUUUGGUGGUUGUGGCGGGAACGAUGUACUCGCUCAGCCGCUACAUUGCUGAUAUCGGUGUACGGCGUGAUGUCGUCAAGAUCCCUGUGGAGAGGCUGAUCGAAGAGGCUGGUGCUGAAGAAGAACCUCAGCAAGCUGUAGGAUUGCUGACAAUUUGAUGCAAAAGUGUCAUUUGAUCAUUAUGUUAUUUGAAAUAUAUUUGGAAGAACUUGUGCUUUGAUACUGCUGCUAAUUGUUUUCAGAACAAUUUACAGAUGUCUAAUUUCUACUAUGUCAGUAUUUAUAUUUAAAUGUUUCUUGAGGUUGAAAGAUGUGAAUUGG